AUGCCUCGGAGUCACAAGAGUAAGCUCCAUGCUGGUGAGAAACGCCUCAAGGCCCGACGUGAGACCCAGAGUUGUGGGGGUGCUCAGGUCACAGCAGCAGCAGAGGAGGAGUCCGCUACCUCCUCCUCUCCUCAGUGUGGAGGCAUUACCCAAAGCCUGCCUGCUACUGGGUCAUGUAGCACCACCCAGGAGCCUCAAAGAGCACUAACCACCACCACUACUUCUGUAGGCAUUUCUUACACUAGAUCUGACGAAGCUUCCAAUGGCCAAGAUGAGGAUGGGGUAUGUGCAUAUGAGGUCCCACCCUUCACUGAGAGAAGUGACUUUUUAACCAGGAAGGCUGGGUUGUUGGAGCAGUUCCUUCUGUACAAGUAUAAAAUGAAGCAGCCCAUUCUGAAGGAAGACAUGCUGAAGAUUAUCCACCAAAACCACCAUGACCGAUUUGCUGAGAUUCUCAAGAGAGCUUCUGAGCGCAUUGAGAUAAUCUUUGCAGUAGAUCUGAAGGAAGUCGACUCAACCAGGCAAUGCUAUGAUCUUGUCAGCAAAUUGAAGCUCCCCAACAAUGGGAGAGUGCGUGGUGGCAGGGGGCUACCCAAGACUGGUCUCCUGAUGAAUCUCCUGGGUAUGAUCUUCAUGAAGGGCAACUGUGCCACUGAGGAAGACAUCUGGAAAUUCCUGAGUAUGAUGCGCGUAUAUGCAGGAAGGAAGCACUUCAUCUACGGGGAGCCGAGGAAGCUCAUCACCAAAGAUUUAGUGAGGCUGAAGUACCUGGAGUACCGCCAGGUGCCCGACAGUGAUCCUCCACGCUAUGAGUUCCUGUGGGGCCCUAAAGCGCAUAUUGAAACCAGCAAGAUGAAAGUCUUGGAGUUUUUGGCGAAGGUCAAUGAAACCGUCCCCAGUGCCUUCCCAAUUUAUUAUGAAGAAGCUUUGCGAGAUGAAGAAGAGAGAGCCUGA